AUGGGCCGCCCCGAACGGGGCGCGCUCCGGCCGCUGGCGCUACUGCUGCUGCUGCUGCUGCUGCUGCUGCUGCAGCUCCAGCAUCUCGAGGCGGCGGCGGAUCCACUGCGCGGCGGCCAAGGGUCGGUCAAGGAGUGCGAAAAGGACCAGUUCCGGUGUCGGAACGAGCGCUGCAUCCCAUCUGUGUGGAGAUGCGACGAGGACGACGACUGCUCGGACAACAGCGACGAGGAUGACUGCCCCAAGAAGACCUGUGCGGACAGCGACUUCACCUGUGACGACGGCCACUGCAUCCGAGAGCGGUGGAAGUGCGAUGGCGAGGAGGAGUGUCCGGACGGCUCGGACGAGUCCGAGGCCACUUGCACCAAGCAGGUGUGUCCCGCAGAGAAGCUGAGCUGUGGACCCACCAGCCACAAGUGUGUGCCUGCUUCGUGGCGCUGUGAUGGGGAGAAGGACUGCGAGAGUGGAGUGGACGAGGCCGGCUGUGCCACCUUGUGCGCCCCGCACGAGUUCCAGUGCAGCAACCGCUCUUGCCUGGCCGCCGUGUUCGUGUGCGACGGCGACGACGACUGUGGCGACGGCAGCGACGAGCGUGGCUGCGCCGACCCGGCCUGCGGGCCCCGUGAGUUCCGCUGCGGCGGCGACGGCGGCGCCUGCAUCCCCGAGCGCUGGGUCUGUGACCGCCAGUUCGACUGCGAGGACCGCUCGGACGAGGCGGACGAGCUCUGCGGCCGCGCGGGCCCCAGGGCCACGUCCACACCCGCCGCCUGCGCCGCUGCCGCCCAGUUCGCCUGCCGCAGCGGCGAGUGCGUGCACCUGGGCUGGCGCUGCGACGGCGACCGCGACUGCAAGGACAAGUCGGACGAGGCCGACUGCCCGCUGGGCACCUGCCGUGGAGACGAGUUCCAGUGUGGGGAUGGGACUUGUGUCCCUGCCAUCAAGCGCUGCAACCAGGAACAGGACUGUCCAGACAGGAGUGAUGAAGCUGGCUGCCUGCAGGGGCUGAACGAGUGCCUGCACAACAAUGGCGGCUGUUCCCACAUCUGCACUGACCUCAAGAUCGGCUUUGAGUGCACGUGCCCAUCGGGCUACCGGCUCCUGGACCAGAAGACCUGUGGUGACAUUGACGAGUGUGAGGACCCAGAUGCCUGCAGCCAGAUCUGUGUCAAUUACAAGGGCUACUUUAAGUGCGAGUGCCACCCUGGCUACGAGAUGGACACCCUGACCAAGAACUGCAAGGCCGUCGCUGGCAGAAGCCCAUCCCUAAUCUUCACCAACCGGCACGAAGUGCGGAGGAUAGACCUGGUGAAGCGGGACUACUCGCGUCUCAUCCCCAUGCUCAAGAACGUCGUGGCGCUGGACGUCGAAGUUGCCACCAAUCGCAUCUACUGGUGUGACCUCUCCUACCGCAAGAUCUACAGCGCCUACAUGGACAAAGCCAGCGACCCGGCAGAGCAGGAGGUCCUCAUUGAUGAGCAGCUGCACUCUCCAGAGGGCCUGGCAGUGGACUGGGUCCACAAGCACAUCUACUGGACCGACUCGGGCAACAAGACCAUCUCAGUGGCCACAGUUGAUGGCGGACGCCGCUGCACUCUCUUCAGCCGUGACCUCAGUGAACCCCGGGCCAUUGCCGUCGACCCCCUGCAAGGGUUCGUGUAUUGGUCUGACUGGGGGUACGAGGCUAAGAUCGAGAAGUCUGGGCUCAACGGUAUGCACCGGCAGACACUGGUGUCAGACGGUAUUGAGUGGCCCAACGGAAUCACCCUGGAUUUGCUGAACCAGCGCUUGUACUGGGUGGACUCCAAACUGCACCAGCUGUCCAGCAUUGACUUCAGUGGAGGCAACAGGAAGAUGCUGAUUUCCUCCCCUGACUUCCUGAGCCACCCUUUCGGGAUAGCUGUGUUUGAGGACAAGGUAUUCUGGACAGACCUGGAGAAUGAGGCCAUUUUCAGUGCAAAUCGGCUCAGUGGCCUGGAAAUCUCCGUCCUGGCUGAGAACCUCAAUAACCCACAUGAUAUUGUCAUCUUCCAUGAGCUGAAGCAGCCAAGAGCUGCAGAUGCCUGUGAGCUGAGUGCCCAGCCCAAUGGAGGCUGUGAGUACCUGUGCCUUCCUGCUCCUCAGAUGUCCAGCCACUCCCCCAAGUACACUUGUGCCUGUCCUGACACAAUGCGACUGGGCCCUGACAUGAAGAGGUGCUACCGAGCACCUCAGUCUACCUCAACUACGACGUUAGCCUCCACCACAACGAGGACAGUAGCCGACACCACCAGAGCCCCUGGGACCACCGUCCACAGCCCCGCCUACCAGAACCACAGCACAGAGACACCGAGCCUGGCAGCAGCGGUCCCAAGCUCAGUUAGUGUCCCCAGGGCUCCCAGCAUCAGCCCGUCUACCCCAAGCCCUGCAACCAGCAACCACUCCCAGCACUAUGGGAAUGAAAGUGACAAGAUGGGCUCAACAGUCACUGCUGCUGUCAUUGGGAUCAUUGUGCCUAUGGUGGUUAUAGCCCUGCUGUGCAUGAGUGGUUACCUGAUCUGGAGAAACUGGAAGCGGAAGAACACCAAAAGCAUGAAUUUCGACAACCCUGUAUACAGGAAAACGACAGAAGAAGAGGAUGAGGAUGAGCUCCACAUAGGGAGGGCUGCUCAGAUUGGCCAUGUCUAUCCAGCAGCAAUCAGCAGCUUUGAUCACCCACUGUGGGCAGAGCCCUGUCUUGGGGAGACCAGAGAAAUGGAAGACCCAUCCCCUGCCCUCAAGGAGCUUUUUGUCUUGCCGGGGGAACCAAGGUCACAGCUGCACCAACUCCCGAAGAACCCUCUUUCCGAGCUGCCUGUCGUCAAGUGCAAGCGAGUGGCAUUAAGCCUUGAAGAUGAUGGACUUCCCUGA